AUAGUGAUCUGUGGUAAUUUAAUAAAAAAAAUAGUUUGUAAUUAAAUCGUAUCGUAUUGUAAUUUAUUAAAUUAAGAUUUAUCGCUUAUUACAAAUAUAACUUCUAAAAUGGAUCUAAAUAAACUUUGUCGUUGUUGUUUAAAUAAAGGAGCCACCAGAGAUUUGAGUACAGCAUACAGCUCGUGUGAAAAAAUGGAAAUAUAUUCGGAAAUGCUGAGAGAAUGCUACAACAUUAUUUUACGGCCAAGUAUCCACAGCAACAGUAUAUGUGAUGUCUGCGUGAAGAGUCUCCAGGAGUCAUACCACUUCAAGCUGCAGGUCCUCAAUGCGGAGCAGGCUUUCCUGAAGAGUCUCUCCUGUGAUGAACAUCCCGUCCUGUUGAAGAUACUUACUGAAGAACAAGAUGAGAAACCAACAGUGAAAGAGGAGCCAGCCCACAGUGUCUCCGACCACGAAUCAGAUUACUUAGUUGACACAAUCAAAGAGGAAUCGCCUUCCAUAGACACAGAGAGUGGGGCAGAGACAGAGCAGCCUCGGAGGAAGACCAGAGCGAGGAAUCAAAAAUCAUCUGAGGAGAGGAAAAUUGCCAAUUUUGUCACAAAACUUGCUAUGAAUUCUGGCAUAUUGCCGAAUAUCAAGAAACAACCGAAACAAAGAAAAAUCAACGUCAACCUCAAAGACCCAAUAGAUAUAGAGUGGAAAAGGAAAUCUGUCAUAGACAAGAGAAAGCACAGAGACAACUUGCUGACUAUAUUGAAAUACUCAAAUGUAAUCCCUUUCAAGAAUAAAUCCCUCCGCGGCUUCAUGUGUGGGUACUGUGAUGCUACGUACCCAGAUCCCAACGAUCUGAGGUCUCACACCCAAAACGAGCAUGAAAAAGAACGGUGCUCCUUCAAAUCAUCAUUCGACAUGACAGAGUACAACGUCAAAGUUGACAUAACCAACCUAACAUGCACAAUAUGUUUGACAGAAAUGGACAACCUAUCUAAGCUAAAGGACCAUCUUGUUAACAAUCACAACAAAAUUGUGUACAAAGACAUAAAAGAUCACAUAAUGCAGUUCAAAUUGAAGAAAGGUGAUGUUUUUGAUUGUGUGAUGUGUCCGUCGACUUAUGAGACGUUCAAAAUGUUGAAGCAGCACAUGAAUAAGCAUUAUUGCAACUAUACUUGCACCAAAUGUGAGAACUCCUUCGCAACGAAACGUUCUUUGAACGCUCACCAAGCUUCCCAUCAAGACGGUAGCUUCAAAUGUGAUCUGUGUGAGAAAAUAUUCUCGAGUAAAACGAAGAAACAUUACCACGAGAAAACGAAACACAUGGGCACGAGGAAUAUAAGCAACUGUCCGUUCUGUGAUGUUCCGUUCCGUUCGUACUACCAACGGAACCAACACAUGGUGAAGGUCCACAAUUCGGAGGCCCAAUACAAAUGCAACGUAUGCAAUAAGGGUUACAUACUGAAAUCUUUGCUGAUGUAUCAUAUAAAGAAGAACCAUUUGAUGGAACGGAACUGCCAAUGCUCUGAAUGCGGUCACAAGUUCUUCAGCAACAAGGCGUUGAAAGCUCACAUGGUGAAGCACACCGGUGAAAGGAAGUAUUGCUGUGAAGUGUGCCACAAGUCAUAUGCGAGGAAGUACACGUUGAGGGAGCAUAUGCGGAUACACAAUAACGAUAGACGGUUCAAGUGUGAAGUGUGUGGGACGUCGUUUGUCCAGAAGUGCAGUUUGAAAAGUCAUUUGUUGUCUCACCACGGGAUAUGCAUCGCUGCGAGCAAUAUCAUGUCUAAUUCUUGAAAAACUGACGGAACAUUGAAUCUAGUGAUUUAUCUAGUGCUUCAUUAUGAUCCUAUUUAUCACCACACUACAGGGCCAGGCUUCCAUUUUUAUAGGACAGGGUUUCUCAAAGUGGGGUACGCAAACCCCUGAUAACUGAUACCGAUUUAGAAUUAAUGUUAAAAUUGUUUAAAAUUAUUCCUAAAAUUUAAACCAUUUGCGACAAAUAACAAGGCCACCUGUCACAUUUUUAUGGUACUUUAUGAUGUAUUAUUCAAAUAAAAACCUUAUUUUCUUCAACAAUCAAAUUAAUUUUUUUCUUUGGGGGGUCCCCAGUAGUUGGUAAGGGGUUCGUGUCACUUGGAAAUUUUAACAGGGAUUCGUGGAGACGAAAGUUUGAGAAACCCUGUUAUAGGAUAGGAUAUGGAGCUCAGGUUCACCACACUGCCCCAAUCUCAGACUAAUUAAACCCAUAUUCGGUUCACUGCUGAUCUCGAGUCUCCUCUCAGAAUGAGAAGGGUUAGGGCAAUAAAUCAAAAUUUGGCAGGGAGGUAGUUUAUACUUUUAGACGAUCGCGAACUCGCUUAGAACUGAUUUAGCUACAGUGCCGGAUUAAAGAGGUCUAAAGGCGGAUGAUCUCACGGUUGUCUGCUAAUAUCAUAUAUACUAAAUAUCCUAUUUAUUCGAUGUAAACUGUAAUAUUAUUGCAAAAUCUUGACAAAUUCAAAUCACACACAGAUUAAAGAAUAAUAGGCAGAUAGAGCGCACGGAAUACGACGGUGUCAUAGCCGCUCCAAAUACGAAAUUCAAAAACGAAUACAUUCUUAAGUCAGUACGACCCGAAGCGUCGCAUCAGUCAUUUUCAAUAUUAUUAACAAAAAUGGCGUCUUAUGUUUUAAAUAUUUUAAAAACUGUUCACAAAAAUUAAAGAAAUAAGA